CCUGUCCGGUCUGCAUCUGGUUCACCCCGGCCGACAGGCCGGACAGGGCCCACUAAUGUGGCAAGUGUCUCACCCAUGACUGCGGUGAAGAAACCAGACCCCAACAUGAAAGGAGCAGCAGCAAAUGAGGGAGUGCUGGCCAACUUCUUCAACAGUCUGCUGAGUAAAAAGACAGGUGUGCCGGGCAGUCCUGGGUCACCAGGGGCAGCAACAGGAACGGGCGUACAAGGCUCUGCCAAGAAAACAGGGCAGAAGCCGGGUUUGACUGACGUCCAGGCGGAACUGGACCGAAUGACUCGUAAACCCGACUCAAUGGUAACGGCCAACAACACCCCUGCGACAGAGAACGAGGCAUGAGAGCGCCAACAGCAUUGUCCACUCUGGAAAUCAACAUGUAAUGACAUAAAGGAGAAAAAAAAAA